ACUCAUUCUCACUUCCUUUUUUUCACUCCAAAAACUCUCACUCCCUAGCUUCUCUCUCCUCCAUUCUCUUUCAUUUUCAUCUCUAAGCUAGAGAGAGAAUCCUUUUAGGUAAAAAAAACAAAAAAACAAAAAAUGGAGAUGAAAAAUCCAGUGAAGAUGGAAACUUUGAUUAAUAGUAAUAGUAAUCAUCCAUCAUCAAAACCAAAAUCAAUAUCAUCAACAACAAAAUCAUUAGCAAAUUCAAAUUGUUUUGAUUCCCAAGUUUUUGAUCAGAAAAUCAGUUGUUCAUCAUCCUCAACAACAACAACAUCAUCAUCUGCUACAACAGGAUUUAUGGAGUUGUUAGGUAUGCAAGAUAUGAUUCAUCAUAUCAACCCUUCUUUAUUUGAUAUGAUUAUGAUGAAUAGUUAUGGUGGGAGCACAUUUACUGAAGACUUCCCUACUACCAUGGACCCUCUUGCACCUGAUCCCACCCCACCUCCUCCAACUUCUUCUUCCAUUAUUGUUAACCCUGAAUUAUCUGAAAUUCUUAAUACUACUACUAAUAGUAAUAAUAUUAAUAUCCCGACAACUCCAAACUCUUCCUCUAUUUCCUCUGCAUCCAAUGACGAACACCAACAAGAAGUUGAUGAAGAUGAUGAUGAAGAACAAAAGGCUAAGAAAAUAUCGACAAAGGCUAAAAAGACAAAUCAGAAACGGCAGAGAGAGCCAAGAUUUGCAUUCAUGACAAAGAGUGAAGUUGAUCAUCUAGAAGAUGGUUAUAGAUGGAGAAAGUACGGCCAAAAAGCUGUCAAGAACAGCCCUUUCCCAAGGAGUUACUAUCGUUGCACCAGUGUAUCAUGUAAUGUAAAGAAGAGAGUAGAGAGAUCAUUCAAUGAUCCUUCCAUUGUUGUUACAACUUAUGAAGGUCAACACACACACCCUUGUACUAUCCUUCCCCGUGGGGUGAUGCCGGGUCCGGGUUACGGAUCCGGGUUCGGUUUCGGUGUUGGUGCAACCUCCUCCUUUGGUAACCUGCCAAUGCAAAUGGUUAAUAAUAAUCAUCAUCAACUCCAAAUGAAUUAUGUUAGUAGCUUAAUUCCUCAUCAACUUAACCAUUUUGGUAAUAAUAAUAAUAAUAAUAAUAAUAAUAUUACAUUACCAAAUCCUAAUCCUACUACAACAACUACUACCAAUGUUAGUAAUAGUUGUUCAGUACUAGCUUCACAAGAGCGGCGGUUUUGUGGUGGUGCAGCCGCAGCGGCCGCCCCGGUUGGUGGAGCUUUGCUUAGAGACCAUGGGCUUUUGCAAGACAUUGUUCCUUCUAUUAUGAAGAAAGAAGAGUAAGAUGAUUAGAUCAUAUAUAAAUAUAAAAUAUAAAUACAAUUAGUAUUAAUUAGUAUUUUGCUUUAUUUCUUUAAUUUUUAUUUCUGCUGACUAGGUCUGUAAUUUUAGUAGUAUCAUUCGAUCUCACUAAUUAAUCCUAGCUAGUUAGUGUAAUUUGGUGUUGAAGAUCCUAUUCACUUAUGAUCAGGAAUUUGUCAUUGUAUCAACUUUGGUUAUUGCCUUAUUGGGGUAUGAUUUAUGGAAAAAACUACUCCGUACUUAA